CAAAUAGAACCAACAGUGGCAAGCGGUUGAACCUAAGUCUAACGCGGAGGCUUACCAAAAGAAAAUGUGUUUCAGAAAUAGCCACGUACCGAUCUCCUCAAUCAAAACCGGUGGCUCCACAUCAGCCAUCUCCCCAACAGUCACCAUCAGCACCAGCACAACCAUCAGCAUCCUCACACCUAACAUCACCGCCACCACAAGCACCUCCACCACAAGCACCUCCACCACUUCCACAACAGCCAUCAAUCCCAGAACCAUUACCAAAACGACCAAUACAAGUAUCAACACAUUUAAAACCAUUUCAUUUAACACCAGUGCUACCACAAUCAUCAACACGCCAACCAUCUUCACAAGAGGAAUUAUUCCCUACAGCGAAACAACUACCUCUAUCACCCACAUCACCAACGGGGCAAGUUGAUUACAAGGCAACUCUGCAGAAUGAGCUUGUUGAGGUGGAACGAGAAAAUAUUGCCAUGUUGGACGGUAACACCGGGCACUUGAUUGUGACGUCUUCAACAAAUAAACUUCUCUUACCACAUGUUACUCAUCGAAGCCCAUUGCAUGAUACUAUCCUUUUCAAAACUAAGGCAAAUUGCGCUCCAGAUGUUGAGACUGCUUUUAGAUUAUACGAUGAAUGCGAGGGUGCAGUGUCGAUGAAAUACCGACGUACAGUAAACUCUGGCGUCGAGAGUCUUCGGUUUACACGCAAUGCAAUCAGUGAAGCUAGUCGUGUAUUUUUUCACAUGCCCAAAAACGAAAUGGGGCAGCAGGUGGUGGAAAAAGAUGAGAGUGGCUGCUUUUUGCUGGACGUUUAUGUGAAGAAAGAGGGCAAUGAAAACAUCGAGCUCCGUUUACUGCAGGAAAUCGUAGCUGAAGGGGGACAUACAUUACCAGUUUUGGGAGAAGGCCAUGAAGCUAUAUUCAACUCUAUGAUGAAAGCUAAAUAUUCAAAAGUUGGUCUUUUUGAGUUGCCGGAUGAAACGAGAAAAUAUCCUUUCAGGCCUUGUGACAGACGGCAGCAUGUUCCAGCGCCAACAGAUAUUCAGAAAACGACAAAUGAAAGUGUUAAAAUGUUCCGAAUGAUCACGUCUCCGUACGCGAACGAAUCUCUUGUGUACCCAGCCCCUUCUACAAUAAACGGUGCCGGUAUGGGCCUGUUCUUACGACCAAGGACUACUAGGGUGUCAGCAGGGAGCUAUUUGUGCACCUACUCAACCUCUUCGGUGGAGGAGCGACCAUCUCCAGAAUCUGGUAAGUACUGCCUGAUCAUCAUUUCUUUUAUUAUUAUUAUUAUUAUUAAUUAA